UGGCUCUCAGAGGUGAGAGACUGGGGACGAGUCAAAGACCGACAGUUAAGAUUUCGCUGGCCCCCUGACUCAAAUUUUACAAUUACAAUUAAUUAAAACUUAUAUAGCGCAUUUUUCCAUGGAACAUGUUCAAAUGCGCUGUACAAUAAGUUAAAAAAUAUAUAAAUGAUUAAAAAUUUGCAAGAGGGUAAAAAUAUUAAAGUUAAAUAAUGAUAAUAAUAAUAAUAGAAUAAACGAAAUAUAAUACCACACUACUCUACUGCGCUUUAUAGUAAGUUUAGACUAAAAUGAAUAAAAAUGUAUCAGUCUGCCAUGCGGGAUAUAUAUGAUAUAGGAGUAUGAUCAGCGGUCUUAGUAAUAAUAGUGACUAGUGUUUACAAUCCUUGAAAUGUUUAAAUUAGAUAGGCCAUUUUUAAAUGACUGAGUUGAGGUUGCACAGCGCAACGUAAGUGGUAAUGAGUUCCAUUCGGUGAUUAUGCGUGGGAAAAAGGAAGACCGGUAACAGUUGGUAUUUGAUUGUAGUCGAAGAUAUGGCACUUGGCAGUAGGGGUGAAGUGGAGAUAUCGACAACACCGUGGACAAUUUUGUACAUAAGCGUCGGGCGGGCUAUCGCCCUACGCUCCUCAAGCGACUGCCAACCGAUGUUACUAAUUAUAUUCGUCACGCUUGACUCUCCACGCUAGUCUCCACUAACAAAGCGAGCUGCUCGUCGUUGUACCUUCUCAAGUGAUACGAUGUCACCCUUCUUGUAAGGAUCCCAAAUCGGGUUACAGUGUUCAAGCUGCGGUCUUACCAGAACAUGAUUUCAGGUUACGGCGCAGAAAGCUAAGAGUCGUAUUUGGUGGUAAUUGAGUUGAUAGGGUGACUCCAGUUUAAAUCGUUAGACAAAUCAACUCCUAAAUAACUCUGUUUGGUAGAUAUCUCCAGGGGUGUGUCUUGUAAGUAGUAUAAAGUUCCUAUAGAAUGUUUCUUGCGGGACAUGUGCUCGGGGAGCAGGGUUGGUGUAGUGGUGAGAGCGCUCGCCUUCCACCAAUGUGUCCCGGGUUCGAUUCCCGGACCCGGCGUCAUAUGUGGGCUGAGUUUGUUGGUUCUCUACUCUGCUCCGAGAGGUUUUUCUCCGGGAACUCCGGUUUUCCCCUCUCCUCAAAAACCAACAUUUGAUUUGAUUUGAUUUAUUUGAUUUACAGUCUCCCCAAUUAGUACAGCACUCGUGCUCGGCUAGAAUGAUUUGAGACUCAAAUAAAGUUAUUAUUAUUAUUAUUAUUAUUAUAAAACUUGGAUUUAUUAAAUUCCAUCUGCCAGUCGCUCUCACAGUCACAUAAAAGUGACAGAUCUUCUUGUAGUUUAAGGCAGUCAUUUGGGGAACUGGUUAUUCUGUAGACAAGACAGUCAUCUGCAAAGAGUCCCAUUUGAGUGUCAAUGUUACCAUGUAUAUCGUUGAUGAAGAUCAAGAAUAAUCAUAUCGUCUUCUCUCUCGAGGCAUCGAGGAUAUCGAUGAUGCGAUAUCCAAAGAGUGCCCUGAACGCUUGUGGUGGACCGCCACUGCCGUUGUUGCCGAUCUUUUGAUCACAACGUGUCUGAGUGUUGGAUCUCCUUAUUAUACCCCGCCAGGAACGCAUAAAGGCUUAUGGAUCCCAUAGUGUCAAACAUCGAUAGUAUUUCACACCCCACGGCUAGGUACUUGGCGGACAUCCUGAGUCCAAUGGUCGCUAACACGUACACAUCGUCAUGUGAAGAACAGCGCCGAUGUUGCUUCCAAACGUCGGGACCUAACCGUGACACCGCGGGCCAGAAUCUAGUUUCUACAGCAAACAUUAACAACAACACUACUCGUCAGCAUGUUCUACACUCUCAUGAAACAAUUACUUAAAUUAGCCAAUAACAAUCCUUUCUAGAAUGGGCCAAAUGAUUUGGAUGGUUGAAUUAGACAAAAGCUGUCAAAGCAAAAGCUAUUACAAAGUGAAACGAGCGAAGUUAGCGUUAUGUGAAUUUGAACUCAGACGGAAAGUACCUUGUUCAAUUGAAUCCGGCUUAAUUAUGUCCAGUUAAAAUCUAGACAUCAUCAACUUGGCAACUGGAAAACAAACUGCUCAAAGCUUGUUGUUGGAACUUGACAAACUGCUGCGCAGUGUUGAGCUAAGAAUGAACAAAAGCCGUGUUCACAGCAGCGAUAGUAACAUUCUGGCCUCCUUUUCUACACUGUUUGUUUAUAUCUUCAAUCCUUCCUGGAUGGUUCUCAGUGGCCUCGUCGUGGGUCAUUGGAACAUAUUCUUGUCCGCUUUCGUCUAUCAAGAACUGGAAGCUUUCCUUCGACAAUUCUCGUUGACCUUCGCGGCCUCGGCGACACCAGUACAAGCUAAUAUGGAGCCAGACAUUUCGCAGAAGACCCCAAGGAUUGUCUCCCCGGAUUGCAUUUGAUGACUUUAACUUUUUUAGGUCAGCUGCUGUAAUUGAAGGUUUGUGUUUAAAGCGUUUUCAUAGUUCUCGCGUUUAUUUCGCUUUAUCUGACUAUGUAGGAGCUUCUUAGACGAUUGAAACUCGGUGUCUUUUGUAAUAGAAUUCCUCUUAUUUAUCAAUGUGAGUCCGCAAACUAAUUAUAAACUAUACACUUUCAUUAAUUGUUUUUGCAAAAAAAAAAUAUAUAUAUAUAUAUAUAUGUAUCAAGCGAGGGUUUCCAUAUUUAUGGUGUUAAAACUGUAUUUAUUUUACUUUUACAACCAAACACUUACCCUCAAAAACUUGGGCAACCCCUUUGGUGUUGUCAAUGGUAUUUUUUUGUUUCUGCUCUCGUGAUAAGUUCUUCUACUGAGGCGCUGGACUUGCAAGUUUUUGUUGGUUUUUGUCACCACUUCGCUCGGUGUUUCUGUUGGUAACUUCAUCGGAAACUCCACUUUCAAUAAACGAUCCACGAGUUGUUCGCACUAUCAUUGACAGUAUAUUCUAUAUCCAUUGAAGCUAACAUUGAAGCUAAAAUGAAAACCCGAGAGAAAAAAUCGCGAGUUCGUCUGCCAUUUCAUAAAUAUUAGCAGAUGGCAUGACAACUUUUGUUACGUGUUUUAUAAUGUCAUAAACCACGCUUUCUUAACCAAUCAGAGAGCGCGCUAUUUCUGAACUUCAAUAUAAAUGGAGUCUAUCAGAGGCAUUCAAAAUAAGACUUCUUCUUAGUGAAAAUAUACUCAUUACAUACCGAAUAUAUCGACCUUAAUCAGAGUGAAUGGCCUGAUAACGCGUUACAAGCCACUUAAUGAAAGUUACAAUUUAAAUUUAAAUGCAUGUCACAUGCUACACAGAGUAAGGACUUUAAGAACGUACCUUGCGCUGCGCUUAAGAAAAAAUACUCGCGGAAUUUGGGACUUUAUACAGAUAAACAUCUCAAUUGGCAACCACAGAUACAACACGUAAAUAAUGAAUUAGCUAGAAGUAUACGAAUCCUUUCAAAACUAAGAUAUACACAGUACAUAGAUUUCAAUAUACUGAAACAAAUUUAUUAUGCUUUAAUAUAUCCCUAUUUGAGUUACGUUGUCCAGCUGCUUGGGGAUGUGCCAGAAAAACUAAGUUAGAUUGUCUUCGUAUUAAGCAGAACAAAUGUCUCCGCACCAUCUUCUUUAUACAUCCUAUUUCAAACUUCUAACAACCCUUUAAUUAGAUAAUAUACAUAAAUUAAAAAUAUGCUGCGUUAUACAUAGAAUGAGAAAUGAAAUUGAUAGCAUUCCCCAUAUCUUCCUUGAUGUCCUAAAUCCAGCAUCGCAUAUACAUAAUUAUAAUACAAGAUUUGUCAGUAAACUUAAUUAUUUUAGGCCAAGGGUAUCCACCAACUUACGUAAGAUGUCCUUUAAAUUCUCUGCUCCAAAAAUCUGGGAGACUUUACCGCUUGGCCUCAAGGGUCUGCCAUAUCAUAAGUUUAAGAAAGAAUGGAAGUCCUAUCUACCAAUCAAAUCUGAUCUUAGCUAGCCUUGCUUAUAUGUUCUAUCACUAAUAUUAUUUGAAAUUUUUUUCCUCUCUUGCUGCUACCGAUUAUCUGAACAAGACGGUGUCCAACAAGAAAGCUCCUGCUACUUUGGACAUUGUACACAAAUGAACUUAAUGUCUUUUAAUGAUUAUUUAUCAGCUAUUCUGUUCUCCUUCUUACGCACACUUUUGUAAAUGCCUUAUAUAGUGUGUAUAAAGAAACAGUAAGAGUAAGAUUAACGAAUAUAACCUAGUGUUAAAACGUCAUCUCCUCCGUACAUGAGGUUCCUGUUUUAGCUGAAACUGUACUCCCACUGUCCCUCCUUGUUUACCAAAUAACUUUCAUGCUCACCCUACCUAUUAAUUGUAAAGUCAAAUCCUCCAGACCAUUGUGACCCUCACUAUGAAAAUGUUGAUAUAAUAUAUAGAUUUAGCCACGGCUAAAAGCGAAGUCCCAUUGAUAAAUUUAUAACUUAAAUCAAACAAUAAUUUUGUAUUCCACAAAUCAGUUAACUUAAGAGCACAUUCAUGUGACUUUUGAGGGAAAAGCUCAGUGAUUUUGGAGUGAAACAAAUCUUGUAUCGAGUUGAUAUGGCCCUAUAUGUACACCCAAAAAGGUGUACGGUCACAUUUAAGAGCAAUGAUGGCUCUUGAUCACAGUAGAUAAGGCGUGGAAAACAAAUUCUUGGAAAACAAAUCAGGCCGAAUUUUUUUGCGUUCGACAAGUAUACAAAUUCUUGCCAAUAAAUCUGGGUGCGUCCACAUCUGAGGAGAAAGAGUACUAUGAGGCGCUGUUUUUAUCAUACAGACCUCGUACAAAAUGCAGUAUUUCACAAUUUUUCAAGACAAAUUGCAUUCAUUCAAUAUUCAGGAACAUCGAAGCACGCGUGGACUUUUAAUUAGCGAAACCGUUCAAAAAAUUUCCAAAAUCACCUAUACGGCCAGCCAAUUCUAACUUUUGACAAGCGCCAAAUUUGCGAAGAAAUUUUAAAAAAGUUACGCUUCAACGUGAUAAAGAAUUUAUUGAGUCUAUUUUUUAUUAAUGGUUUUAUAACGAUGUGUAACCUUAAAAAGCGUUUGACACGCUCGGCAUUUUGAGUACUCCUGCAAGCGAUGUUUAUGAACGGCUGAAAACAAACGGCAAAGCAAUGAAAAUUACAUUUUUGAGACUACCAACAAUCAAUAAAGAAAUAUAAUUCGGUAGAACAUUUACAGAGACAACAAUUUUCAUUCACGAAAACAAAUGAGUAUUUAAGUGUCUCUAAGAAUCCUCAAGUCUUUACUAGUAAGCUUAAAGAUUAGGUUUAUGUUUUAAGCCGCCAGUUUCCCGGGCCUGUUUGCUGUUUUCAAGAUGAACUCACGACAAGAAAAUCGCUCAAAGCUUUCUUUCUACAGCCAAAAUUAUAACUAAAUAUUCUUCGGAAAGUCUUUUCUUUCUAUUUACGGUGAAUUAAUAUCGACUAAAGGCUUUUUAAAGUUCUGUAAGCUUGAGCUUAUAUCAAACCUCAUACUAGGUUAGAUCAGUGUCUCAGUCAAAUCUUAAUACAAACGUGCAUAAACUAGCUUCCUAAACUGCGCCGCUGGACUUCAUGAAAUUAGAUAUAAAUAAAAUAAUUACUCAGGCUUACCAUAUUUCGAGAUGCAGCUCCUGAAAGCUAUCAAGUAAGGCAAGGAUCGCUUGAGCCUUUAUAUAUCUCGCACUCAUCCAGCAAGUUGAAAAACAAAACUGAUGCCAUCCGAAAUCGGAUUAUCGGCUUUGACAAGUGACGCAUUUCUCAACCAAAAACCCAAUAAAUAAGAGAACACUCUUUAUAGCAGCUGUAUUUUAUUUUGUGCAUCCAGUGGAAAAAGACAGUUAAAAACAUCACAAGUUGACUCAAAACUCUGUCAGCUUCAGGUGUCAAAGUAAACAACUUUCAAGAUGCUGCAUAAAUUUUACGCAUGAACUCACCUGUCAAAUUUUAACCAAUCAGAGCAUAAAAAAUUGGAUGUGGAGCGUGACCAACACGUGACCAUGUUAAGAAAAGGUCUUCCCUUCCCCGCCUGUAUUUUAAAAAAAACUGGCUGAAUUUUUGCGUCUGAGGUCAGUUUGACAUCAAAAUCGUAAUAAUGCGGGGCGAUACUGACAUAUAAGCACAACAUAUUUGAUAUGAAUUUAAAAAAAAGUAAACGUAAGCCUGCGAUCAUUUGAAAACGAAUAAAUUGUCAGCGGAUAACUUCAAAAAUACUCGACCUUGAUGGGUCGACACCUGAGCCCGCGAUACGGUCAGUUGAUACUGGUCAACGGAUACCCUGUUUUGACAGCUGUCAAUUGAUGACAACAUUGAUGUGCAAUCAGCUUUCUCCUGGGCUCCCAAAGUGGCUAGAAAGUGUGAGUAAACAUUGGUAUGCCUGUGGUGCGGACGGACGGUCGCUCGGUCGCUCGGUCGGUCACGUGAUUACCAAAUUUUCUGGGAUUGGUAGAUUUAUUUACCCAUGGUGCUCCGCUAUUGAAUAAUCCCUAAGUUUGAAACUUUGUGAGAGUCUCAUAGAGUCUCAUAUGCGCUCUCAUACCACUCUUGUGAUCGUUGAGGCGUAGCCUAAACCUCGUGUUGCUAGACCCUAGUACUGAAAGCGUCAUACUAUACAAGAAGGAAAAUACACAACAUUGCUGGAGUUACAAUCAAGCUCACCGUUGAUGGAGUGUGUUCUUCCGGUGCUUUUCAAUGUGACCGUGCUCCCAGUAUGAGGUUGUUUGCACACCUGGCCCCCGUCUACCCCCCGCACCUUACUGCCGCAGCUUUCCUCAAGCCCCCAUCUCCUUUCCCUACGCGAACCUGUCUUCUUUGCUGAUGAAAAAGUGCAAAAUCAGGGUUUGCAAUUAAUUGAUUAUUAUCUGAUCCUCUGUCUGACGAUUUAAAAUGCCUGAUGCGCUUUAUGCUAAAUAUGUGACUAUCACAUCACAUGUAUAUAACGAGCCCUGAUGUCACAUACCCCACAUAUCUGGAAAUUCUCGUCAAGAAAUAAUUAGCAUGAUGUUUAUAGAAAAAGAAAUCAGUAGACCUGCACCGUUCUAAACCUCUUAUUUCACUGGUCCCCUUCAAUUUUGCACUUCCAUUGUUUUCAGUGAUAGGGGCAUUGUUAUGUGACCAUCCCUAUUGUUUUCCCAGCAAAUCACAAACAAUCUUUCAAAUAGGUGCUGGCAAAGAAAUGUACAGAAAUGCAAGCUUCAAAACAUACUUUGGUAAAGAACGUUCAAAUAUGGUGGCUUCAUUUUGUAGGAUCGCCUUUCUUGGUGACAAGCGCGUUAAACAAGAUCAGUCGCAAUGCGAGGACACCUAUAGCGAGAACCAACAGUCAAAAUUAGAGGAGGAAUUCUCAUCCUUUGUUGACGGAACUAGGGUGGAUGCAUGCGACAGGUUUCGUGAGAUAUAUAAAACUAAGGACCAAAUUACUGACGUUCACUGCCAGCGAUUGGCCUGUCUUAUAUUCGAGGUGUGUAGUAAUUCGUGUCUCUAUAUUGACCUCAGUAAUAAAAAGAAAAAAAAGAAAACUAAUGUCCACUCUGUGACUGAAACUUUCAUUGAAUAUAAUUGCCUGCAUGGCAUUAUAACCCAACAGAGGUGUGUUGGAAUCACAGAAACUGAUACAGAUCCGAGACUCUUGUAAUUCUAAUCCACGCGAAAUAUCCAACAGUUUGUCUUCAUGUGGCUAAAUGAAAUUAUUGUCACGUGAUAAAUCUAAGCCAGCUAAUAGGCCACUUCCGAGUUCCAAAAACCCUCACUUUCAAAAUGAGGCCAAGAGCACAACCUUUCUUGUGGAAAUGCGUUUUAUUUGCAUGAGAAUGAAAAAUAAUGUCCAUAUCAAAGGCUGAGCACUUAAGCUCGUUUUGAUACAGAGGCCUGGGGGAACUCGGAAGUGGCCUGUUUGCUAAAGAUUAUAAGAAAGAGUCGAAAGCUACAUUGUUUGUAUGACUUUAUUAACCUUAUUAAUCAAUGCUUUUUUAUUAAAAUUUGUGUUCUAAUUGUCAUAACAGGCGUCAUAUGAACGAAUGAAUGGAGCAAAAGAAGCCUUAGUUGAGUCCUUUAAGGAAGUAUCUAAAGGCAUGAUAGAAUGCGCUCCAAACAUCAGUUUCAUGUUUACUAGCAACGAAAAUUUGGAGAAGGUAAGUUUUAGCCAUAAACGGUUCUGAGUUCAGCCCAGUUUCGGCAGCCGUAAGUAACAACUCUCCGUUGGAAAAAGCAUUAUAAUUAGAGCUCGCUGUACUUUAAGAGGAAGAGUGGGGUGGGGGAAUUCUUCGUUGUUUUCUCGGGGCAAGACACCUAAUAAAGAUGAAAAAUGCUGCAAAUGAACUUUCUCUUAACAUAAUUAAAUCCUUUCAGUUUUCAAGUUCUUGCCACAGCUUCAUAUUAUAGCUGUCACGUGUUUGGCUAGACAGUGUUCAUAGUUAGAGUUGUUUCAGUUCUUCUAUUUCUUUGCUGAGCCCUUUUAUUCCUUUCUUACCGUUGAUUUUAUAAAAACAAGGAUUUUUAUUUACUUCUGGCACCUCUUAGGUGAACUCUGACUUAACCAAGAACAGAAACGGCAUCUUAUAGUUAAGGCAUCUUUCUUCUGUAAAAGAACCUACACUGAGAUCCUCGUUAAACUUUCCCAAAGUUCAAAAAUCAGUUAGAGGUGCCUCUUUUCCUAGCUGCAUAAACUCUUUGAAGCUUCAAGUGCAGCCAAUUCUUUCCUUUUUGGCGCUGCUGCCAUCUUUAAAAAAAAAAUGUGCAAAUGUACGAAUAGCCUUGCCACAAGUCGACUGCGUAGGCGCUGAAGGCGCGAGCGAGUGCGAGCGACGUAAGUCGCGAGUCGACUUGUUGGCGCCAAAAAAUGAUUCGUGACGUAAGUUUGACACCCGUUUGACAGCCCGCUGAAAUACACAGUUCUGCUACGACUCUGAACUCUAAGAAAACCGUUUCUCGGAAGGUCUUUCUCCAAAACGAGAUCGAGACUUUUAGCUUGUUAUUUUAGCUUUUUUUUGUUAAUAAUAAUAAUAAUAAUAAUAAUAAUAAUAAUAAUAAUAAAAAACAUCAAGAAAGUAUCAGAAAGAGCUAAUAUGACAGAGAUUCAAAAGAUCUGCAUGCUGGGAUCUGCACGAAUCCUCAGAAAGGUGCUCAGUGUAUGAACAGAAUGAUUGACUUGAGUGACUGACGCUCUAGGUGCAUGGUUUGCGCCCGGCUGAUGCGCAAAAAGAACACCAGCAAAGACUGUGAUAAUAGACAAUAAUAAUAAUAAUAAUAAUAAUAAUAACACUUUAUUAACGUGUCAAACAAAAAUCUAGCGGAGGGGAUUCCCCACUGCUAAUAGGGGAAACCUAACUUUCAAAACAUACAAUCUCAAAAUACAAAACGAAUCCAUAUAGAGUCGAAACUAGAAUCUACUAAGAGUUAGAAUUGAAACUACUAAUGACAUCUCACGAACAUACAUACUACAAAAACUCCAUUUAUACUUAUCAAAAUUCUAAAAUCUUGUAAUUAAAAUCGUAAUUAAGAAAAGUUAAAAUUACGAAUUGCAAAGGUAGCAGCCACUACAUCCAUCUAAAAUAUUACUUAAAUCAAGACUGGGUAUCCGGGUCUUAAACUGCUUAAGACUGGCAGCUAAUCUGUUCUUGCUUGGUAUCUUGCUGCAAAGUCUUGGACCUAGGUAUCGAACUGAGUGUUUUCCGUGCGUAACUGUGGUACCAAGUGGCAGUAUGUUCAAUGUGGGAGAAUAGCUGCCUUAAAGAGAUGUAAUUUGGCCUCAGUUGGUAUUAGAUUCCUCAGCCUCAUUAUCACACCUAUUCUCUGGCUAGCUUUCUUACAAACAUUACUAAUAUGCAAAUUAAAAUUCAGACCACAAUCAAUAGUUACGCCUAUAGUCAGGUCUGUUAGGAUCAGGAUCGUUUCAGAGUUGACAAAAUCACCAAAUUUUGCACAGUGAUAGCUUAUUGCAGUACCAUGAAUAUUAGAGGGGGUGCCCAAUGCAAAUAUGCCACUGAAGCGUGCUAAACAGGAUUUAGUUAUUGUAAAUUUCACCUGCUGGGGUCCCUGUGAUGUUUUGAUUGAAAAUUGUUAUUUAAUACCUUAAAUCACUCAGAGUACUCUUCUCAUGUUGUAAACAACAAUCACUCGAACAUUAUUAGCUUAUUGAUUGUAUGAUUAAGUUGAUUAUUACUGUGCCUUUAAAGCAAGUCCACAGUCCGCCCCAUUUUAGUAAGUCAUUUCUAAGAUUCUCUUCUCCUUUUCUAAUGUAUUUCAAUUAGAGGAAGCUUUAUUGUGUGGCUUAAGCCUUAUUUAUCAAGUAUUAUUUGUCAUUACAUGUCACUUUAAGCUAAAGAAAGCUUAUACACCCAAUUUUUCAGAAAAAAAGAAAUUGUAAAAGAGUCUGUUGUAUCACAUAUUGUCAGGGAUAUAUGACAGCUGCUCAUGAACACCAAAUAACGAAAUGACAGAACCCAAAGUAGUUCUUUCUUAAGGGGGUAAUUAAUUUUUCAGCUUAACAUAGGCCUGGAUGCCUUACAGUCUUUCUUUAUCUGCUGGACGCACGUGCAUGUUUUGACAGAGAAGCAAGCAUCGUGGCACAAGUCAUAUCAUUUAUAACUCCCGCAGUUUGCCUAAGCUUUACAAAGCAAAAACAAACAAAAAAGAAUCUGGUCUCAUAAACGAAAAAAAGAAACAAGUUAGCCCAAGCUUCAAGAAACAGCACAUUUUAUCAUGAAGCCUCUACAUUUGGCACUGAAGCACUAAUGUCCAAAAAUAAUAACAGCUAAUCAAGUCGUAAAAGUGAGAAUCAAAUGGUUCAAGAUUGACUAAAAUGAAAAAUGGUGAAUGGUUUAAAUGCUGAAACUGUAGAAGGGGGGCCGGGCUAACUUUUAGGGCCUGUUUACAUGGAGGAGGGGGACCCCAGGUAGGCAUGGUAACCCACUUAGGUGGGGUAACCCUCCUGUCCAUGUAAUCUCUCAUUUUAAGUUGAUCACGUUCACAUGAUAGGUGGGGUGACCCUUCAAGGUGGGUAGCCUGGUCUGCCACACCAGGUAACCCUCUCACGUUUCAAGGUGAGCUAACCCAGGCUAUUCGGGGUCGGAUUCCUGAUAUAUCAAAUUCGCGCAAAAUUCACUUUGGUGCCGGGUGACUUCACAUAAUUAUUGAAGGUAACAAUAGAAAGCCACAACAUUUUGCCAGCAUUUUUCUUGUUUACAUGCUUAGGGACCAUUCAGUAAUCUUGAGGAAGUGCACCCCAGGAGGGCGGGGUUGUAAGAUUGCAUGUAAAGGAGGAUUAUUUUUUACCUCACCUACCGGGGUCCUCCACCUUUAUGUUAACAGGCCCUAAGUCUCAGGAACCGUGGAACUGGUAAUAAACGGUAUACCUAACGCGGGACUAGCUGUGAUACUACUUCCAUCUUCAAAAACGUCAGCAUAGCAGCCAAAGGAGUCAUUACAUCGGUGUAACACGAAUAUAAGAUUGCGGUGGUUUCAUGCGUCUCGUUUUUUGACUUUUUUGUCUUCAUUUUUAUCACCAUCCCUAAAUUUCAAUCAUGUUCAAAACACCCUACAUCCUACCCUUACUAACAAAAUAUUUUGUAAAUCUCUUUAGAAUGAUAUUCAGCAAUAAAAACAAGGUGUGACCAGGAGUCGAUUUCUAGGCUCCUGGUGUGGCAACAUAGGCAUAAGUGAAUGCAAAGUUUUGCAGUAUGUAAUCUGUCAGAAAUCUGUUUGAGUGGUCAAAGUUGGGGCUGAUGGUUUUUUUACCAUGACCACUCCAUUAUUAUAAGGGACCAGGCCAUAAUUAUUGUUGACCCUUGCUUUUUUUGGUAUUUUCUGUAAUUUACCCCAGCAAUAUUUGGGAAAGGUGGUAACUGAAUUGCUCUUGAGGAAUUCAUGAUCGUAAGAUUUCGUAACCACGGGGUAUUCCCCUAAUUGCAUUAAAAAAAUAAUACAUUCAUUUUCAUAAAUGAUGCAUCAUUGGUUGGCUAAACGAGGCCUUGUUCCUGUAACUUUCAGCUCUUCUGAAGUUAGUUUGUUUGUAAAUUGUAACAAACACGACGACCUUCCUUUUUUUUGGAAGAUUGUAUAGACCUAGCUACCAUCAACACUCUGGUGCGAGGGCUCUGAAGUGAAUGAGCUCUUUACAGGUGUCUAGGCAUGAAAGGAACUCAUACACUUCUUUUUAAAUGUAAAUGUGUGAAAAAAAAUAAAGAGUUUUGAAAAUUCCUGGAGAGGCAUGUUUUAAAUCCUCGUCCCCAGGUCUUAAUAAAAAGGUAGAAAAAGGUAAAGCGACCAUAUUUUAUGUCUAUAACUCGUAAAGGUAAUAAUAACUGGCAAACCAGGUGGACGGUGCGCUCCUUUUACCCUCCUCUCUCCAUUAAUGCUCCGUUUUAAGGGUAUUUAAAGCUAGUCAAAGCUACACAGAAAUGAGAGAAGCUGAAAUAAGGAUGUGUUGACAACGGGGAUCGAACUCGGGACCUCGCGCACUGAAGGCUGCGCACUAGCCAACUGUGCCACCCUUUCUCCUCCUUUUCCCCGUGAGGACGAGGUUGACAUGUUUUAAUGACAGGGCUACCAACAAAGCAAAUUAUAAUCUUAUCUUAGCUGCACAAUUACAAAUUUGGGCGCGUAGUGAGUCAUGGUUCAUGAGGUCAUUCAUGUGGCAUGUCAAAAUUUAACGAUUCUGUCGUUUAGGAUAUGAUACAUUUGGGUUUUACGUUAUUGUAUGACAUCUUUGAAGACUGGCUUUGUGAUCUGUUUAAAUUGAUAUGUAAUGAUAUUAUCACUGGCAAGUCUUAGCAGUGACACUGAUAGCCACACAGUGAACAUGGCCAAAUUUACCGUGUGGAGACUGGGCACUAGUCAGUGUUAUGUACAUGUAAAACUAUUUUUAAUAAUAGUGUAACAACAACUAAACAUUACCAAAUUAAAAAGUUAAAAAUUUGAAACAAAUGUUUUUUAGUCAAAUCAAACAAGAAGAGUACACACCACAGGAAACCCAAUCUGCCAUUAUAGGUGAAAGUUAACCCACCCUUUUAUCUGUUAUUAGGACCAUUUGUGACGGACACCCCCUCCAGUGUUAAUCGGCAGGUGCUAAGGAAGCUCUGUGCCAAAUUUGACGCUUUUGUCACGUCUGUAACGAUCCGGCCUAUAUUUUGCAUUAAGAGACCUGACUACUAGGAGUUCUAAAUUGUCUGAUUCCAUUAUAUCUUUGCCAUUGACAGAUAUACUUGUCUUGUCAUCAUAGUUCACACUUUUAUUCCGAAUGUUCAUCGUUUAAUAUUUUUUCAGGUUUCCCUGAAGAAGAUUCGAAUCGUACCAAUUAGUUGCCAGAGUGGCACUCUCUUGAAGUUUCGCGACAAUAGUGCACAUGUAAUUUCCUUUCAUGUAGAUCUGGUGAUCGUCCGCGUACAUUGAUAGCCCAGAAUCUAAGUUAUAUGAAUCUAAGUUAUAUGAUCGUUCUGAAAUAUGUUCCAUAGAAGCGGUCCUAGUACCGAUCCCUGAGGGCAACCUCGUUCCACAUUUCUUCAUGAGCUAGUUACCGAUCCAAUGCGCACUCUAAUUUCAGGUGUGUUUGCAGAAUAUUUUUUCUUAAUUACCAACCUCUCUCUCAAAACGUAAGUGGAAGAGAGCUGAAUAUUUCUUUUUGGUGGCAAAGAGUUUAUUACAUAAAAAAGUUAAUUGCUUUUAUUAUGACUAUAUAAGAAACGGAGGCUUCGCAUUUAGCUCUGGCUAAAUCAAUAUAUUUGGAUAGGUUUGGGAACACUAAUGUGGGGGCCGUAAAGUCUAUAAUGUUAUUUUUUUAUACGUUUAAAGAAAAAGAUAGACAGGAUAACAAUCAGUAUUGUCCUUUUCGACAACGUUUUAAAUGAUCUUUGUUUUAUUUUAUAUGAGUUGAUAUCACCGAUUUUUAUUCCAGGCCAAAGGAGAGUACCGGUACCCAAAGCCUUUCGAAGUGCGAUUUUCUGUGAGCCUCAUGAGGCAGAACUCGAAUUACCCAAGAGAUGUUGUUGAUGCUUUAAUGCUGGCUGUAAAAGAAACUGCUCACGACUGCAAACUUGACUGUUUUGUUGAGGUAUUUUGUCUUACGCUUAAAACUUUUUUCAAAGUUACUGUUAAUCCUCUUUGUACCGGGAAUUUUUGGCGCUUCCUGGGACUACCAGUCCAGGCAAAAAAAAAAUAUAAAUAAAUAAAUAAAUAAAUAAAAACAGGUCAGCCUGUUACUAGUUGCAACAGAAAACUUUCUUUAAUACAUUUGGUCCAGAGAAACUACCUUCGAUAUAUCAAAGGUCGCGGCAAUUCCAAUUGGGGGAAGUUGACAAAAACAGGGUUUUUUUUAACAACCCUAGACGCAACAUGUAAACGAGGCUGGAUGCCUGGAUUGCCUUGUCGUGUGACUGAUAUGCCCCAUAUCCCACAUAUACUAACGUAAAAAAUGAAAGAGUAUGUUGAUAUUACUGUCAUUAUACUGUGUAAUUAAGUCCAACUGCAUGUCAGUAAUUAACAAUUAAUGAAUGAGGCUGAGUAUCUUAUGAAGAAUUAUGGAGAUCGAGGAGGGUGUUAUCCGUCGAGGCGGUAGGCCGAGGCGGAUAACACCCUCCGAGAUCUCCAUAACUCUUCAUAUGAUACGAAAGUCGAAUUCAAUAAUUGUUUGAUUAUUCAUUCAAAAUAAUUCCUAGUUUAAAAACAUAGCAAAAACAAGCUUACCUGCAUCGAUGUUAAGCCGGUUUAUCUUCGAUAGUUUACGUUUAGGUUUGUUCAGCUCCGCAAAUAUUCUCCAAAUAGCAGAUGUCGCCCUCCGAGUUGUCUUCUUGCUGUUUUUGCUAUGUUUUUUGCUAUUAUUACGCCUAGUUCCAGCUGUAGUUUUUACUCUUGAGACGAGUGAAGUGUCCGCCAUUUUUAUUUUCACCAACCAAAACAACUCAGUCUCGUUCCCACGGUGCCUUAACAUGUAAGAACGCUGCAUUUUUGAUGUCAUUCUCUCGUUAAAGUCAAAAUUCUUCCAAAUUUGGUCAUCAGUAACUGGUUAUGGUGAGUUAUGCGUGUGCUUUUAGCCGAUCAGAAUUGGGGAAAUAUUUUGAAUGAAUAAUAAUAAUAAUAAUAAUAAAUAACUGUUCUUUUCAUUCAGCACAACGUCACAAACUAAGCUUACUCCUUGGUUAUGUGGGUGAAGUUUAGAGAUUCCAGAAAGUGUGGUUGCCUAAAAGAUGAACUGUGAAAUAGCUUUUACCUAAAAAAAGGUUAUAUCGCACUCACGUUUUGAUUUCCGUCUGUUCCGUAUGUAAUAGUGUUAUGUGUUUAUGUGUUAUGUGUUAUGUGUUUUAUGUGUUUUAAAACAUUUCAAUAAAAUCUUUUCGUUUAUAAGUUUCAGAGCACCAGAACUGAAAGUAAAGAGAAAAGAAAACAAACAACAACAACAACAAAUUCUCCUCAGAUAUUUUAGCUUUAGUAAAACCGGAUUAUGUGAUAAGAAUUGCACUUCGGUCUUGAUCUCUUCCAACAGGGUAAGGCCCGGUCUUUUAGGCGACGGAAUUAGAAUUUGAUCUGUUUUUACCUCAUUGUUUUCACCUAUUUUAACAUGAGAAAGUGGCACGCAGAGAUGUGAUCAGAAAUGAUCGAUCAGUGGUGGCCAUUUGUUUAUUUUAAGAAUUGUUCUUUUAAUAGCGGGGCUCCCGCGCGCGCGAAGCGCGCGUGGGACAGAGCCCCAUACUCAUGGAAUAUGGUCAACCUCUUUUCGUUUGGUUGUCACGUGAUUGACCGAGCGUACGUACGUACAUUCGUACGUACGCGUCUACAGAUUGUACGGGUGGGGUACGGGAGACUAUCAAAAGGAAGGGAGGGGUGUCUCAGGCGUGUCUUGGCAAGUCCACAUCUUUAAUAUAGGAUUUUAGGACAUUCAAAAUAUGGUCAAUUGACAGCUGUCAAAAAAGGAUAGCCACUGACCAGUAUCCCAUGACCAUAUCGCGGGCUCAUGUGUCAACUCAUCGACGUGACGUGAUUUGUUUGGAACCUGUCCGCUGACCAGUUAAUUGUUUUACUAGAUCGCGAACAAUGUUCAAUCUCAUACUUUUACUAGUUAAACUGAUAAUGCACACAUAUUGGACAUCAAUGUUUUGAUCAAUUGACAGCUGUAAAAAGCAGGGUACCCGCUGACCAGUAUCACUUGACCGUAUCGCGGGCUCAGGUGUCGACCCAUCGAGGUCAAGUAUUUUUUGAAGUUAUCCGCUGACAAGUUACUAGUUUUCAAGUGAUCGCAGGCUCAAGUUCAAGGUUUUUCUAAAUUCAUAUGAAAUAUGUUGUGUUUAUGUGCUACACAAUUAAAAUUUUGAUUGCAAACUGACCUCGGACGCGAAAAUUCAGCCGGCUGUUACAGGCAGGGAAGACAGUUGCUUUUGACUUUUCUCACCAUGGUCACGCGUUGGUCACGCUCUACGUCCAAUUUUUAUGCUCUGAUUGGUCAAAAUUUGACACGUGAGUUCAUGCGGAAAAUUUAUGCAGCAUCUUGAAUCUUGUUUACUUUGACAGCUGAAGCUGACAGUGUUUUGUGUCAACUUGUGAUGUUUUUAACUGUCUUUUUUCACUGGAUGUGCAAAAUGAAAUACAGCUGCUAUCAGGAGUCCUCUAGUGUUAUUCAUGGCUAGUUUGUUUAUUGGGUUUAUGGUUGAGGAAUACGUCGCUUGUCAGAGUCGGAAAUCCGAUUUCGGAUGGCAUCGUUUUCGUUUUCACCUUACUUCAUGCGUAAGAGGAUUGCAAAGUCUGAAGCGAUACUGGCCUUUCUUGAUACCUUUCAGGAGCUGCAUCUCGAAUGGUAAGCCAGAGAAAUUAUUGUAUUUGAUGUUUGUUUUUUUGGAUCUAGUUUAAUGAAGUCGAGCGGAGUUUAUGCGGUCAAUUAGUUUAUGCACGUUUGUAAGAUUUGAGAAAAUGAUCUGACCGAGUAUCAGGUUUGAUAUAAACUUACAGAACUUUAAAAAGCCUUUAGACAGUUUCUCACCGCAAAUAGAAAGAAAACGUUCCAAAGAAUAUUUAGUUAUAAUUCUGGCCGGAAAAGAAAGCUUUGAGCGAUUUUCUUGCCUCGAGUUCGUCUUUGAAAAAAGCAAACACCGGGAAGCCGGCUUAAAACAUAAACUUAAGCCUGAAGUUUGAAGACUCAGGAUUUUUAGGGAUACUUAAAUAUAUACUUGUCUUCCUGAAUGAAAAUUGUUGUUUCUGUAUAUGUUUCACCGAAUUAUGUUUCUUUUAUUGAUUGUUAGUAGUCUCUCUUGUAAUUUUAAUCGCUGUGCCGACAUCGCUUGCAGGAGUACUCAAAAUGCCGCGCGUUAAUAAACCAUUAAAUAAAAAAUAAAGAGAAUAAAUUCUUUAUAAUGUUGGAGCGUAACUCUGUUAAUGUUCAUUCAAACACACGCCACAGCUCGCACUACAAAAGUGAUGAACCGGAUGGCCGUAUAGGUGAUUUUGGAAAUUUUUUUAACAGUUUAUGAAUAUUGAAUGAGUGCAAUUUGUAUUGUGAAAUACUGCUUUCUGUCCGAGGUCUGCCUGUAUGAUAAAAACAGUGCCUCAUACUACUGUUUCACCUCAGAUGUGAUGUAUAAAUGGUAUAAAAGGUUGGUUUACACGCACCCAGAUUUGUUGACAAGAUUUUGCAAAGUAAACUUGUCGAACGCAAAAAAGUUGGCCUGAUUUUUUUUUCCACUAAUUAAUCUACGGUGAUCAAGAGCCAUUAUGGCUCUUAAAUGUGAUCGAAGAUGAUUACCAGUUUUUGGGUGUACAUAUGAGGCUAUCAACUCGAUGUAAGAUUUGGUUCACUCUUGGGCUGUUUGCAAAUUAUUUUUCUCUAAAAUCAGGUAUCCCUUCCCUCUAAAGUCACAUAAAUGUGCUCUAAAGUUAACUGAAUUGUGGAAUUCGAAUACAAGUUUAUUGUUUAAUUUAAAUUAUAAAUUUAUUAAUGGGAGCCUCGCUUUUAGCCCUGGCUAAAUCUAUAUAUUAUAGAGACUGGUUCUAAAUCAAACUCUUAACUACCGGUAAAUGCCUUUUUCGUAAGCGACGUUUCUAUAACUGCUUGUACGACACUUUGAUGAUAGCUAAAUGUUUUGAAACAGUGUUCUUAAUCAUUGCAAUGGGUUUAAUUUCCUGAGGAGACUGAAAUUCCACAUGUUCGCUUGUAUAUAAAAAAAAUUCUCUCUUCAAUGUGGGGAAACGCAUUCCUAUUUUACCUACUUCCUUCUGCAAGCGCCACAAACUCGUUCGGAUUCAUCAUCGGGCACGAGUAGUUUAGCUCCCAUGCGCAGGCUUAAUAUCGAAAUCGAACCUUUGAAAAUACCCACUGACCGAGAAUGCGAUCUUCAUUAAGGUUGCUUGCACUUAUAUUGUUAAACCGUUGCAAGCAUCGUUAUCCCUUCCACGUUUACUAUCCUUAAUUUAACCCUCGGACGUACAAGAGGGGUUGUCACCCCCUCUGAGGUUUUUAUGAGUUUAUUCCUACACGAUAAAACUUUAGCACCUGACGUUUUCAGUAGCUGUUCGUUUAUCCCUCACGCGUAUUUUGAGACAAGUUUAGGAGGUUGCUAAUGGGGGUACCAAUUCCUCGUUAACUACUAUUUUUUCGGCCAAAUAUCGGUUAACUAAUAUUUUUUGGGACCAAUUCUCAGUUAACUACUAAUUUUGGUUAGCUAUUAAACUUUCCCUUUCCUACAGCGAAUAUUAUUCCGUCAUAACCCGAGUUUCUUUACUUCAGCACGUCAAUCACCUUUGGGGGUUGGCCCUGCAAAGAUCAGGGUAUAAAUGUACAUGAAUUCACAUAAACUCAGCCACUAGUACUGUUUAUAAGAAACUAAAAAUAAAGAAAAGAACAUAAUUAUCUAACCGAAGUAGUAAAAACGGGAGAGCGAUAGCUAUUAAAACACCUCCUAUUAACCCAUUUUUGCUGCAUGCACAAAAUGGAUUAAGUCGUAUCACCAUUAACACAGUAAAAACCCGCGUAUAAGAACCUAAAUAGCCUGAAUUUCAUCCGAUUACUUCGAGUCGUUAUUACUCCCUCAGUAACUUCUGAAUCGACCGGCCGUUAAUGCCGUCCAGUGACGUCACUAAUCCUUGACCUUUGCUUUAAUUAAUUCAUGCAAAAAGUAAAACACGAUUUUUAAGUGGCAAACCGAGAAAUAUCGUUUGGAAAUGUCAACAUGAUACAGAACUGCUUUAUUUUUUCGAUCGUAAUUCAUGUUUAACGUUCAAACUAUCAAAUGCGUACAGUACAACUCUGAACCGUUUGUACUAAAUUCUAUAAUCAAACUCGGUCGCAAUCACGCAAUGAAAUAAACACACACACGGAACACUUAGUUCAAAAACACAAGGAUUUGCUUUAAUUGAAAAGAAGCUAUUUAGUCCUUAACGAAGAGACAAGAAAGAAAAGCUAACUUAAUCAUUACACUUGACGGUAAAAAUAGCAAGAAAGAAGACUCAGAAAACUUCGCGUAAACAAAAUCACCGGCCGCCGAAACCACAAAGCGGCUCUAAAUGAAAAACCUACCGACUCUCUGCAAUGAAUAUUCAUUCGCAGUUCAAUUUAGCAUUUCAGUUUCGAAGACAAGGGCAAUUUUGUUGUUUAAGAUAAAGAUUAAACUUAUCGAAAUGUUUGAACUAAACGAAAGAAUACCAGGGAUGCGAUCCGCUGAAUACCAAGCGAAAAUCCCGCUAAAAUUUUUCAUAAUUAUACAUAAUUAUGCGAAUGUUUAGACAAUCAACCAAUCAACAUCACUACCCGGUUUUCGGGUAGUGAGUGACGUCACUGGACGGCAUUAACGGCCGCUCGAUUCAGACGUUGUAGAGAGGAGAAAACGACUCGAAGCAAUCGGAUGAAUUUCAGGCUAACCUAAAUAGUGCUAAUUGGACAGUGAGGCUACUUACUACAGGUUCUUAAACUGGUUCUUAUUUUUAAAAAUAAAUAAGGUCUUUGUCAUUGAUGGGUGUGGUCUAUUUUGGGCCUUUUUUUUUGGUAUUGCAUGCAUAAUAUGUUAUAAAAACUCCUUUAAUCCAAGCAGGUUAAAGCGUUGCCAGGGUUUUUUCUUCAUUCUACCUGCUGGUGGAGCUUGUUUUAUUAAAUUUGUGUAUUCAGUGUUUGACUGAGUUUCUCAACAUAGGAACCAUUUGCCCAAAACAUUUUUGCAAGUUGCUCAAAAUUUACAAAACAGUCGAACAAAAACGAGGGCCGAUGCAACAACGGAGGCAGUACUGGCAUAUGAAAAUGGCUCGAUACAGUUUUUCAGAGUCAAUACCUGCCAAGUUUGAGCAUAAACUACGUCGCCAGAAACAAUCAUUUGGAAAAAUUGCCACCACAGUUGUAUUAGAUAAAGAUAAAAAUUUGUUGUGAUCAGGGUUGCAAUAACAUCGGAGUUGUCAUAGCAACGAAAUGAAGCCAUUACUUAUUAUGCUUGCAGCAAUAUUUCUCCCUGGGAACUGUUGACUUCCAAAAUCGAUCACAGGAGCUUUUCCUCCAAUAGUCGCCUCGAUGUUCGUGAAGUUAAAGCAGAAUCUGUAAGUGCGUUAUCGAGAUAUUUUGGGAUAAAGUUUUUAUCGUUGGAAAUACGGUAAAAAAAGGAAAAUGUUAUUUGUAGAAAACGAUGCGCUUUUGACAUGCAAUUUCACCUCAUAGUAGUUUCAAUCUUUUUAAAAAAGUGGUUGAAAGAUCUGGGAGAUAGCUCCGGCCAAUUGCUACAAAAAAGGAUUUGAUUAGUAUGGAUCAUGGCGCUCUUGGUUGCGGUUUUGUAAACAUCUCAGUCUACUUUUACAAAUUAGUGAAUAAUUUUUAAACCGCUCGAUAGAUUUUUUUUAAAAAAGUAAUAUUCUUCUCGUAAUUCAAACUGAGAAUUAGCCACUUCUUCACUUUCAGACCCAUUGCUGAUGCUAUCUGCCAUACACUGUUCUACGAGCGGAGAUGAUUCUAGAAAGUUUGGCGGAAGUGUAUUCUAAAAAAUUCGCAACGGAAAGCGUCAGUCAUAGAGCUGGUUGUAGACAACUCAACAAAUAAUUCGUCUUCUAAUAUGAACAAGAUUUCUGUGUCUAAAAGAUCGUCAAGUUAAACGUUACUACCCAAGGAAAAAGAGCUGUGACUAUUGGCAUUGGAUCUGGCCGAAAAGAAAUUCCGAUGGCUAAAAAAAAUCAGCGCAUCUUUCUUUAUAAAGUACAUGGAAUUUGUACUUACCAGAAAUCAUUUUAAUUUGUAACUAUGUUGCAGUUCUAACUAUUGAGACUAUUAAGCUCGUGUUUAAACUGGUCUUUCUGGAACAGUUUCAGUUCUUAAAACCUUUCGAUACCUUAUGACGUCUGAAAAAGGUACGUCUGCAAAAAAGGCAACAUUGAGGGACUUUUUUAGCCAUCGGAAUUUCUUUUCGGCCAGAUGCAAUGCCAAUAGUCACAGCGUUUUUUCCUUGGGUAGUAACGUUUAACUUGACGAUCUUUUAGAUCCGUGAAAACAGUAUUUUCCUUUCCCAAACACAGAAAUCUUGUUAAUAUUAGAAGACGAAUUAUUUGUUGAGUUGUCUACAACCAGCUCUAUGACUGACGCUUUCCGUUUUCCAGGCACUGCCCUGGUGCCUUUUGCAGGUAGUAAUAUCAGUCAAUGUGCCACCAGGUCUUAAGCGGGACAGAAAAAAAGUCAGAAAAUAGUAUUUCUGUUUGCAAAACUUUAUUUCUUUCAUUAACAUCGAUAGUACUCAGUAUAAUCAAUAGAAUGUCACUUAACUGUUAACUUUUCAUUUCUCAGUUAACUACUGAUUUUGUGGGCCAAAUAUCAGUUAUUUUAACUGUCAACCCCAUUGGCUCCCUCGUUUAGUGAUGGUCAGUCACUAUGGUUACGAGAGGGUGUGAAUGGGGUUAACCGACUGGCGACAAACUAAGGGUGAAAAAUAUUACUGACUACCGACAAAACGAGAAAAAAAUACCGACUACCGACAGGAAAAAUAUUAACCGACCACCGACAUGGACCAAGAUUAUGGAUAUUUGUUUUCAGAAAAAAGUCCAUCUCUAGCCGUUAUUGAUAGGAAGAAACCUCUUUAAAUUUAUGACCCACCGGAUGGUCCAAGGGAAAGAAUUUCCUCUUCUAUUGGUACAGUUACAUUGCUACAACCAAUAUCAAAAGCACAGAAGUCACACCUUCAAGAUACUACCGACUUUAUACAUUUUUGGAUUGAAAAGAUAAAGGUGGAAAAACCUAACGUAGCUGAACGUUUCUUUUUUCGGUUCGAGAAAUGCUCCACAAAGAAAAUUCUUUCCAGUGUAAUGGAAAGCACUAUCAGUACAAACUCACGGUACCGCGAUGGGCACAAAGACAGCAGUUUCCUUUCCCAACACUUUCAUGGCAUAUAUUGAAACGAAAAGUUUAACCAAAGCCUUCUUUAAACCAACUUUUUGAAAACGCUACAUAAAUGACAUUUUUUGCCAGACAUCGUAGUUUUGUUCGAACAAGUAAACUUACAUCACCCUGCUAUGAAAUUCACGGCCAAAAUAUCUGACACUGGGAGACAAUCUGUUUAGACACGGUUGUAUACCAAGACACAACAUUCAACGAAAAAGGUAUCCUUGAUGUAAAGAUGCAUUUUUAAACGGAAAACUUCCAGUUUAUACAUUUUCAUCUCUUGUCACCCACCAAGUGUUAAAAUGGAUUUGUCAAAGGGAAAGCCUUGAGAAUCCUACGAAGAAACUCCUCUGAAAGUUUGAGAUUUCAAAAAGCGCUUGAUGGACAGACGCUAGCCUCACAAUUUUGAAAGAAAAAUUGCUACCAGAAGUAAAACUCACAGGGCUGCUCUCCUGAUGCAAAAAAAAAAGGAAGAAAAAGAAAUAUUGCCUUUCGUGACACAUUACCAGCCCUUAGUGUCCACUAUAAAAAAAGCUUUUAUUAAUGAAAAAGUGGAAUCUCAUACAAGCCAGCCACUACUUUUUGCCAAAUAUCUAAAAAACCACCUAUUAUUUCCUUGAGAAAGGAAAAAAUAUGGCAAAGGGCAUGCUUGUUAUAGCCAAAAUAUUAAAGGUAUAGAUGUGCAGUCUGUCACCCGGCCCGUUGCAGUUUUCCAAUAAGAAAUAAUUUGCCCUGUAAUCAAUAGGGAAGCCAAGUUGGCUUUUGCAAUAAAAGCUUUAAUGAUUUUAUCAGCACUAAAUUGGCAAACAAAGGUGAAAUAAACGAUCAUGUUGCUGGCUACAAUCAAAUAAUGCAUUCUUACAAGUUUUAGUCUUUUUUUAGGGAUCAAAGUCUUGAAACUGGGUGAAAUACAUAACAAAUAUUAAUCAAGCAUUUAUCAAACGUCUUUACAUAUUAAUUGAGAUUUACCGCCAACAUAAAAAGAUCGAAAAUUUUAACUGACUAACGUCAAAGUAACUGAAUUUUAAUCGACAACCGACAAAAGGAUCACCCCUCCCCUGCCGCCCCCCCGCCCCGAAUUCACACCCUCUUACGAGAUAGGACGUCAUAAGUAGCAGGUGGUCAAGCCAUUUUUGAGUGGAAAUGAAUGUUUUUUCAACCUCUUUCAACAAUAAAAAUAAAGCUUGUGGAUAAAAUGAUGCGAAGUACUUAUUUUACGUGUUAUUUUACAUGUUAAGCACUCAAAAAACUACCCAUUCUCGAGGUUUUUUUACCUGAUUUCUAAUUCUUGGUAAAAUCCAAAAUGGUCACCAAGAUGGCGACCAAGUUUGGUGACGUCACAGACCUCCAGCAGCGCCACCACCCAUAAAAUAUACCUCAUCUUGUAGAGAAGAUCAAAGGCAAAAUCGUUUCGAAAUACUACAACAUAUCAAAACCUCUAGGGAGUGGUUCUAUCAACUCCAACAUGUGCCACGGUGGUGGUAUGACUUGCGAAUACGUCCAGGGGUUAAACUGUUCCAUAACAUUUGAAUUAAACACUCAAUACGCUCAUGUAUAGUCUCGCCUCUUUUCUGUUAGAGGAUCAAAAAGUCACAUCUGAAUUGUUUUGCCCAAGGUAUUAUCCACCUAAAUGCAUUCAAUCAAUCUAAAGUAAAAUACUUUCUUGUUUCUGCAGGACGUAAAAGCUAUCAUCCAACAAAAAUGGGAAUCGUGGAGAUCUAAGGAUAAAGCGGUUACGAUAUACCACUAUAACCAUAUUAAAAAUAAAAGCGUUUUGGAUCAUCCUAAAGUCCUUUGGUACAUCAGGGAGUGCAUCAAGAUUGUGUGGCGCAUGAUAACCCAGGUUCCAGCUAUGAAAAUUGAGUACCAGUCAAGUCAGCUAAGAAGCUUCCAUACACAAACGGGCUGUUACAGAGGGAUGCCCUCCAAAGGUGGAGACCCCAAGGAAGAGAUUGCGUACUAUCUGUGGCCUGCACUUUUUGAUGGUGGGAAUAGGUUGGUCCGUAAAGCAGAGGUGCUCUGCAAGACCGCUUAAAACUUCAUGGAGAGAAAUGUACUGUGUUAACUUCCUAGGUUUUCGAGUGUAGAACUGAGUAAUAUUGACACCAAUGCCUCUCAUUGUUAGUGAUCUUUGUAUGCUUCGUUAUCAGUGCGCUAGGCCAAAGCUUAUAGGCCUGAUACAAUACAGGGCACGACUAAUGCCUCUUUUUCAUUUUGCAAAAAUACCUCUCUUUUAAUAGUUAUUCGUGUUCUGUUUUAAUUAACUUCUUUGUUUUACCUACAUGACCUAGAGAC